AUGCUUUCUUCUAUGAGCUAUAACGCUGCAGAAAAUGAUCCUAGAAAAAAUCCUUCUAGUGAUUUAAAGACUCAGUUUUGGUUAGCAUUCUUAGUUGGAAGUUCUGCUUGCUUGUUUUUUUGCAUUUUUCGUCGACGAUGGAAGGUGCUUUACGCACCUAGAGCUUCCAUUCAAGAAUUGAAGCUACCAACGCUUUCUUCUUCCUCUUAUUUGUGGUUACUUGAUCUUAUAAGAAUUCCUGAUCAUGUUUUUCAAAACUGUGCUGGGCUAGAUGGUUAUGUUUUCCUUUUGUUCUUUAAAAUGGCUAUAAAGUUUUUGGCCUUCACCUCGUUACUGGGUUUCACUGUGAUUAUGCCUGUCAAUAAACACUUCCGAGGUGAUGCCUUUGGGAAUAUAACAUUUUCCGGUGUUCUCGCCCCAUCUUCUUCGAGCUUUUAUUCGCUCACCAGUCUGCCUCCGAAAGUACAGUCUUCACUUGCAAAUCAAGAUUCUAUUUCUCUGCAGCAUACCACAAACGCCAUUUAUAAUUUUACAGAUAUUCCAGGACUUCCUGUACCUGGCGACGGGUUCCUCUAUCUGUAUGUUAUUUUUACAUACAUCAUAUCUAUUUAUUUGCUUUAUGUUUUAUUUUCGUCCACAAAAUUAAUUGCCGAUAUUCGACAAUCUUACCUUGCUCGACAAACUCGUCUCGCAGAUCGUACUGUUUUUAUUUCCGGUCUUCCUCCUGACCUGUGCAGCUCUGAAGCUUUGAAGAGCUAUUUAGAAAAGCUCGAUAUUGGCGAUGUAGAUCAAGUCAAUAUUUGCCGCAACUAUAUUGUUAUGGACUCUCUUCUUUCUAAGCGUAAACUUUAUGCACAAAAGCUCGAAAAGUAUUGGCGUGCUUACAGAAAGGUUUGCGCAGAUCAUGGAUUGCAGAUUCCUAACAUCCCAGAUGAUUUGAUUUCCGGCUUCGUUCCAUACAAUGGAACUUCACAACGUUUAUUAUCAUUGCCAAGAGGUGAACUUCAGUAUCGGCCCAUGGUUCGAACCCACUUCUUUGGAUUUUUUGGACAGCAAAUCGAUGCUAUCGACUUUUAUUCAGCUAAAUUGCUUAGCACAGAUCAAAAAAUUGAGUCUGCACGCCGUUUGAACUAUCCCGCAACAGGAGAGGCAUUUGUUACUUUUGAAUCUAUGGCUAGUGCCCAAAUUGUUGCACAGAUCCACAUCGAUGCCAAGUCUUUGAUGGGUUUACAUAUCUCCUUGGCACCUGCAUCAAAUGAUAUUCAAUGGCACCACACUUACAUAGGUCGAUGGCAUCGUUUUUUACGAUCAUGGCUGAUUACGCUGCUAACGCUAAUGAUCAUCUUACUUUGGACCGUCCCCGUCGGUGCAAUUGCUGUUUUUGUAAAUCUCGAUAAUAUCAGCAAACUGUGGCCUGAAUUAGGACGUCUAAUUCAGGACGUUCCAUUUUUAAACUCGCUUCUUCGUACCUUCCUUCCUACUUUGGUAUAUUCCUUGUUUAUCAGUAUAUCUCCCUACUUGUUCCAAUGGUUGUCUAAAGUGCAAGGUUUUAAUUCACGGGGAGAGGAAGAGAUUUAUUCAGUAGGAAAAAAUUUUGCAUACUUAUUCGUCAACUUUUUCCUGGUUUAUAUUAUCGCAGGUUCUACCUCUUACUGGGAAUUAGUUAAGGAUACUACUACACUCGCUCAUUUCCUUGCAAAUCGGCUUCCAAAUCAAGCCCAAUUUUUUAUUGACCUUAUUGUAUUGCAAGGUAUUGGUAUGUUUCCUCUAAAAUUGAUACAGCUCGGAAAGCUUUUUAUAUAUCUUAUUCGUCGCUCAUUUGCAAAGCAUCCACAAGACUAUCGCAAACUUGAAAAGCCAGAUUCGUUUAGUAUUGGUAUCUAUUUACCUCAGCCUAUGUUUAUUUUAAUGAUUUGCCUUUGCUAUAGUAUAAUUUCCCCUCUCAUUUUGAUCUUUGGGUUGAUAUACUUCAUUGUUGGAUUCUUAAUAUACAAAUAUGAACUUAUUUAUCAAAUGGAGCACCCGCAACAUUCUACAGGGAAGUUGUGGAGUAUAAUUUUUGAAAGAAUUAUAUUUGGUUGCUUGCUUCUGCAGCUUACAAUGAUGGGUUUAAUGAGUUUAAGAAAGGCUUAUUGGCUUAGUACUGUCAUUUUUCCCCUUUUUUGCUUUACGCUUACUUCCGCCUACAAUUUCUCGAAAAUGAUUCAACCAGCGAUGGAAUUCGUUUCAUUAUAUUAUGUUCGAACGAGUCAAUCUAAUCAGCAAAAUUCAGAAAUUAGUAGUCGGUCUUCUGAUGGAUCCACUGCCUAUAUUCAUCCGGGUUUUGUCAAUUGCGAAUUUGACAGUACCUAA